GUAGUAAAGAAAAUCAGUCAGUAACAUAUUCACUCUAAAAAUAUAUUUCAAUAUUCAACAGCUUUUAAUCCAGACCGAAAUUUAUAGUGUACAAAAAAAAACCACAAAAAAAAAACCGAAAAACUUUUUUCCUUUUAUGGUAGACCUUUUUCACUAUAGAAUCCUUGGAAGUAUAUAUUCUGGAUCUGUGGCAAAUUCUGCAAAAGUGGUGAAAAUUCUACAUAACUUUAGCCGUUUCCUGAUAGAUUUGUUCUGCAACAUGUUGCCACGUCGUCAAUCUGCACCGGCAUUGGCCCUCCCAUGUUGUGUGGUGUCCACAUCGUCAUCCAAGGAGGCUACUUCGACUGCGGCAAUUCAGGAGGAUCUCCACAAUUCCCCCACCGUGUCGACGUCAACAACGGAUGGAGCUGGAGAGCAGAUAAUGGAGCGGCUUCCACUUGUCUGUGGAAAGCCACAGGAGGCGUCUAUAAGUGAUUUUCUGGUGUCUCUGCUUGAAUGCCCUGUGUGUUUCGGUUAUAUGAUGCCGCCGAUUAUGCAAUGCUCGAGGGGACAUCUAAUUUGUUCCACUUGCCGCCAAAAGCUGACAGUUUGUCCCGUUUGCCGGGUAACCAUGUCCAAUAUCCGUAACUUGGCCAUGGAGAAGGUAGCAUCGAAAUUAAUUUUUCCAUGCAAGCAUACACACUUUGGAUGCCGUGUCCGUCUGUCCUAUGCUGAUAAGAAGGAUCAUGAAGAUGACUGUGAAUUUCGUCCAUAUUUCUGUCCCUAUCCUGAUGAGAAAUGUGUCUGGCAGGGAGCAUUGAAAGAUGUCUACAAGCAUUUGAUUACCAGCCAUGAGAACGUCAUCACAAUGGAGGGAAGUGACAUUAUUUUUUUGGCCACCAAUGUCAAUUUGGAGGGUGCUCUAGACUGGACCAUGAUCCAGUCAUGUCAUGGCCGACAUUUUCUCUUGUCGCUCGAAAAGAUUCAUUUGGGUGAAGGAUGUCAGCAAUACUUUGCCGCUUGUCGCAUGAUCGGUACCAUGCGGGAUGCCUCGGAAUUCGUCUAUGGCAUAUCCGUUGAGGCCAAUAAUCGCACACUCAAAUGGCAGUCGAAGCCGCGAUCUAUACGUGAAAGUUUUGUGGCCUUCACCAAUGCCGAUUUCUUGGUAUUAAACAAAUCUACGGUGGAACUCUUUUCCGAGGAUGGCAAUUUGGCUCUGAAUGUCAUCAUAACCAGAGCUGAGGAUAUCAAUGAAUCAUAAAUUUUUGGCAUCCACUCCCCUACCUCUCCCAAAAAAAAAACCCACUACUACAACUAAUACUACCCACCUCUCCCGCUCCCGUUCCCGCUCCCCGUUAAGACUCGUAAACAUAAUACACACACACACACACGCACACAGACAGACAAAUGGUGUUAUUUUUGUAUCUUCUCGAUGUAAUCGACGUAUUAUUCUUUCCAAAUUGGUUCAACGCCCAUUGUUGAAUGUUUUCGGAUUUUAAUUAUAUAUAAAUUCCAAGUUUAAUAAAAUCAAAAUUAGCUCGAAUUGUCUACUUA